UUGAAGACUGGCCCUGGGAAGCCUAGAUGUUUCUGUAAGGACAGGCGCGGGAAAGAAUAGUGAGGGUGUGUGCAGAGGGUGUGUGCCUAGAGCACGGCAGACGUGGCAGCUCCGGGUAGGGGCUGAGCUAGGCAGUGAGCUCUCUUCCUUUGCCCAGCUGGUAUCCAGUCCCAAGGGAACUCUGCUCCAGCCCCGGACAAUGCACCAGGAUGGCCACUAUCCUCAGCCUUCUCCACCUGUGAAUGGGUCAUUGGAACAGGAGCCUCAAAGGCGGCUCCCCGAGAUGCUAGGUGAGGUCUGGGAAGCACCGCGAGGGGACGGGCUGCCCUUUGUCGCUGCAAUCAUCGCUGCCUUUGUCCUCUUAGCGAUCUGCAUUGUGUUGGCGGUUCACUUUGGGCCCACAUUGCACCAGGGCCAUGCCACUCUCCUCACAGAGCCACCAGCUCUAAAGCCAGAGAAUGGCAUUUACCUCAUCCACUGGCGGCUGCUGGACCUACAGGACAAUCACAGAGAAACCCAGCCGGGACUUCCUAUCCCUCACUCUGGCUCUGCCCUAGAUGGACACAGGCCGAGCGUUGAUGAAGUCACAUAUCUGUAGGAGGGUCAUUUGGAGUUGGCCUGACUAUUCUCAGAACAAGAAACUGGACUGAAAAGUGAAUUAGAACCUGGGUGUUGGACUACAGACAGUCCUCUGGACUCGGCGAGAGCAACCCUCAGAUAUUUAACGAGAAAGCUCCAUGGUGACAAGAGAAAUAAAAGCCACCUGAGGACCUUGCCCACAGACAUGGUGCCAAGAUCACCCUUACAAGGUUCCCCUCAGGGAUCUCCAGAUCCUCCUCAGAGUUCCUGUUCCCUCCCUAUACUUCUGAUCUCCAUCCCUUUUGGAAUAAAGAGAAGGUUCCAUCCCUGCGCAGGGAUAUCAGGUCUACAGAGAAGGCCCUGCCUCUACACACUGCUGAUCCAAGGAGAACUCAGGCGAGAACUGUGCCGUGUCUUCUCUGAGACACUGGGUGCCGGGAAAGGAGGCUUGUGGAUGACACCCAAAGCCCCUGGAAUUCUUAAUCUCCACUUAGAUUCCAAGA